CAUCGACUUUUACAUUGCAUUUUUAAAAAGAAAUUAAAUAAUUGAUUUUUUAUUUUUUUUUUGUUUUUUUAGGUUCUUCUUUUUUAAAGUUUAUACCUUGAUUAAGCUAGGACCUUUUCCAAUAAAAAAUAAAAGAAAAUAAACUCUCAGUCAGUUGUUUUUUUAAACUGCCAUAUAAAAUUAAGCUUUCAAGCAAAACUAAAUUCACAAAUAUAACAAUUUAAGUACAGUGAUUCACAAACUAUCGCAACAACAGUGGUUUAAAACUUUGGUUUGAGGAUCCAAACGCUGUGACGUAUUCAUUCACCACGGAUCAUCUUUAGGACACGCCAUUUCCUGUGACGUCACGAUCCAAGUCUUGAAACCAUGACGGCCUGCGGCUCGGUGUUCGGGUUGGUGAUGCUGGUCCUGACCAACCUUGCGGUCAUCAUCUGCUUCGCCACGCCUUACUGGGUGGAGUUUAGCAUGGGCUCAAACCAAGGACUGUGGGCCUUCUGCAAAUCGGAUUCAUGCACCUGGGUGUUUGAAGACAAUUAUAAACAUCUUUCCCGAAUCGACGUCAACUCUGGUAAGAAAGUAUAGGCUAUUAUUGCGUUUAAUUUACAACCAAUCUCUUUUUAUAUUUUUUUUCAAGCUGAGACGAUGUGGGCCAAUGGCAUGUGAUCGGGAUAACGGGACGAUGAGGCAGUUAGCAAGGGUAAUAAGGGGGAGAGACUGCAAUCAGGUUAGCACAAUGUAGAAUGAAUAAAACAGAGUAGGGUUAAACCUGAAAAAAACGCAACAAAAUAACGAGCGUGUCGGCAGAAAGCCUUCGUCAGCGAACAAAACAACAGAAAAAGACGGUAUAAAAAUAAAAAUUAGAAAUAUCACUUAGCUUGGACGUAGAAUCCGUGGGCAGCAAAAGAAAUGGCAGUUAGCAAAGACGGCAGACCUCAGAGAAACGCGCCGAAAAUACAACCUGUGUACGGUAAUAUUUGCUCUCACUAGACUAGGUCAGCUUCACGCAGUUGCGUACCUCGACUAAAUGCCACGCGGGGUGAACUCCCAAAAUUGCGCUCCCCACCCCCACGUCUUUAAAUAAUGUCAAUAAUAAACAUGAACAGGAAAGUGCCCCUUAAGUAGUCGUCUCCUCCCCCUUUUCUCUCAUGCGUACUUACGCCUCUGGCUUACUCAGUCAAGAACUGGGUCACCGGGGAGGGGGGGGGGUAGUGCUCUCUAGACAAACGCCAAACCAUCGAGCGAAUCUGCAAUACAAACGUGUGACCAGAGUUUAGAAAAAUGACCUUCAGCUUGUAACGGUGAAACGCGUUUAAAAAAAAAAAUAAAUAAGAAUCCUGGUUCUCUAUCAGUUAUUAAAACGUUUUCAAAUGACACACAUCUAUUUAAAUUACCUAUCUUACGUGAUUCUGUCGGUGGAGGGCCAAUUACCUAUCUUACGUGACUCUGUCGGUGGAGGGCCAAUUACCUAUCUUACGUGACUCUGUCGGUGGAGGGCCAACUACCUAUCUUACGUGACUCUGUCGGUGGAGGGCCAACUACCUAUCUUACGUGACUCUGUCGGUGGAGGGCCAACUACCUAUCUUACGUGACUCUGUCGGUGGAGGGCCAACUACCUAUCUUACGUGACUCUGUCGGUGGAGGGCCAACUACCUAUCUUACGUGACUCUGUCGGUGGAGGGCCAACUACCUAUCUUACGUGACUCUGUCGGUGGAGGGCCAACUACCUAUCUUACGUGACUCUGUCGGUGGAGGGCCAACUACCUAUCUUACGUGACUCUGUCGGUGGAGGGCCAACUACCUAUCUUACGUGACUCUGUCGGUGGAGGGCCAACUACCUAUCUUACGUGACUCUGUCGGUGGAGGGCCAACUACCUAUCUUACGUGACUCUGUCGGUGGAGGGCCAACUACCUAUCUUACGUGACUCUGUCGGUGGAGGGCCAACUACCUAUCUUACGUGACUCUGUCGGUGGAGGGCCAACUACCUAUCUUACGUGACUCUGUCGGUGGAGGGCCAACUACCUAUCUUACGUGACUCUGUCGGUGGAGGGCCAACACUUUCGUGGUCAAAUUUAAGAAUUUUUUUUUGCUUGUUUUCUGUUUUGUUUUUUUUUGCUUUGUUCUUUCAAUCUGCUUUUUGAAUCUUAAAGGCACUUGUGUUAAGAUCCAUGUAUUGAUUUGAAGGCACGGAUAUUAACAUAGUGCAGUGGUCGGCUAAUCACGGCCCUUUAGCGACCUGAGUGCGGCUCUUUAGCGACCUGAGUGCGGCUCCUUAGCGACCUAAGUGCGGCUCUUUAGCGACCUGAGUGCGGCUCUUUAGCGACCUGAGUGCGGCUCUUUAGCGACCUGAGUGCGGCUCGGCCAGCCGGCCACAAAUCGGUUUUGACUCCGAAAAAACAUGGUUCUUGACAUGUUCCUGAAAAGAAAUUUGGCUCUCAAAUUUUUUUUAUUCGCCCUCCUGCUGAUUUUUGGCUAUUUUCACUAAUGAGUUUGUCGACCACUGACAUAGUGCAACAUUUUUUUUUUAAAAUGAAUAAAUAAAAUGAUCAAUCCCAAUGCUCUCAAUAAUUUCCCGACAGGAUGGUGGAUUGCUACAUUAGGCCUGAUGUGCUUCGGACUCGCCCUGUGCCUGUUCGCACUUCUGCUGGCCACCAUUGCUCUGUGCUGCGACUGCAGGGGCUGCAACGCCAGCCAUGCUAUUGGCGGACUUCUGCUGCUGGCAUGUAUGUAUGACGUUAGAUCCUAUUUAUAUAUUUAUAUGUAAUAUAUAUAUAUAUUUUUACAACUCGGAGAUAAUAUCAUGUUACAUAUCUCAAUGCGUAGUAUCAUGCGAUAAUCCGUGUGUAUCACUGCGGCAGAUUGGUGAUUUAGAGGAUGCUCUCUAUUCUGACUAACCCUAUAUCUUAAACACUUAUUUAUGGCCCACAUUUGAAAAUUUUUAAAAAUAAUUUUAGAGCAUCGUUUAUUGAACAAUAAAGAAUUCCAUGACAUAACUUGCAAGCUCAGUUAGAGGGGAACUAUACCAGGGUUUCCCAGCCUUAUUUUACCCAUGCCCCAAACCUUAUCAUGCCACCCACGAACUUUUUCUACUACCCGGUAGUAAAAAAAAAAAAAAUUACGUGAAUUCUAAUUUAACAACUUCUAAAUACAAAGCUUUUCGUAAAAAUCCUUUAUUUGCAAUUUUCAUUACUUUAUUUUAUAAUAAUAUUCUCAUGACACACCCGCUUUUACACCGAAGAUUUAUUUCACAAACUGUUUCAGACAAAUAAAAGAACAUAUUACGCACGAAACGCACUUGCGAUAUUUUUACGCAACUCUAUUAGCGCAGUGAUCUGGAUUUUUAUUUCAUUUGGUGAUAUCAGUGACAUUGUGGGGUUUGGCGUGGGGGUGGGGCUUAAAAUAGGAGGAAUAACUCUUUAACAUGUUUAAAUUGUCAUAGCCAGUGUUUAGUCAACAUUUGGGUCGUGACCACUUGGGGGGGGGGAUGGUGGGAUCGAACGACCCUUACACAGUGUUCGACAAAGAACAUCGGAAAACACAUAUUUAUGAAGUAGCAACGGAAAUAAUUUUUGGUUGGGGGGAGGGGGCACCACCACAAGAUGGGGAACUUUAUUAAGAAGUUACGGCCUUUAGGAAGGUAGAUGAUCACCGGUUUAAUCUGUAGAUGUUUAACAUAAAUGCUGUAUUCUUUGCCUCAAACAGUUAUCAACCUCGGAGUAGCAGCAGUUGUCUUCGGAGUGUGUGCCAACAAAUUUCACAGCGUAGAGCUGGAGAGAAGUAGCACCAACUAUGUCAAAUUCGGAUGGUCAUUCUGGCUCAACGCUGGUGCAGCUGUGAUGUCAUUAGUGACAGCAUUCAUUUAUGUCAUAGUGGGGCGUGGAAAAUCUGCUUAAACUAUUACCGACGUUAGCUAUUUUCUGUUACCUACUAGAUGUUUUAGUGAUUUGUUAAUGUGUCACCUGUUUAUUUAAAAUGAAUGGGGUUAAUUUUUUUUCUCUCCCUAAAAUCAAAAAGGAUGAUGAUUUACUUCCUGUGGUAUGCCAUCAUUUGAAAAUUAAUAUGUAUAAUUAUUUGUUCUCCAAUGGGCUGGUUAUGCUACUAUUAAAGGUCAGAGGCAAAGUUUAAAAUAUGAAAUUUGAUUUUGGAUUUUCAAUGACAAAAAAACAAAAACAGUAAUGUUUAAGUAAACUCCGCCAAAUAUAUUUAGUGUUUAAUAUUCUGAAUAAGGUAAUGAAAGAUUUAAAUAUAAACUUCAUAUUCCCAUUAAGUCAGUUAAUCUUAUACAUCAUUACCAAGCAGAUGUAAUUAUUCUGUUACCACCUCAUAUCUUUGUAUUUUGAUCUCUUUUGUUGAUUAUUAUUUUCAAAAUCUUUUUUCUAAAAAAUAAAUUGCUUCCCUAAAUUAUUUUAGUGGGUCCCUUUUUGAAAAUAAAAGUUAUUUUUUAUUUUCUAAUUUUGUUUUCUUUUAAAAAUAAAAAUGCAUAAUUUCAAUAUGUGCAAGGAAAGAAAAGUUCCCUUUAGUAAAUUUUUUUUAUCCAUUUGAUAAAUUAAAUACGUUUUUUGUAAAACAAUUUCUGAAAUCUUUCUUUUAUUUUUUUUAACUUAAAGAUGAGUGUUUAAAAUCCUUCCAGUGUUUACAUGAUACAAUACUUCUGUGAGAAUAACUUCAAAGGUUGCCUUCUGUUGUUUUUAUAUUUUUAUUUUGUUAUUUAGUUCAUUCUGCGACAAAGUUUUACCUAACAAUAUUUCACUAUUGAGUUGAAUAUUGCUGGCUAGGUCAUUGUUGAUUUAUCUGUACUUACACCAUUUGACUGCUCUAUGUACAUAAUAUACACACAAAUGUAUAGCUGAUUCCAUUUCUUGUAAAUCUACUCACACUUGUUUGUAUUUACCUCCAACUUUCUAGUCAUACGUGUCUAAUAACUUUAGUGAACUUUGUGGUAAUUUUAAACUUUUACCUCGAUUUUAUCAACUGUUCUCAAAUGAAUUCUUUUGCAUGAACUUGUACAAAAUAAUUAUCACCACUAGAAUAGAUUUAACUCCCCUUGAUUUACUUCAUUAGAUCAAAUGCUGUAAAUUGUUUAAUUGAGAUCUGAUAGAAUUUUUGUCUUUAUGUUAACAAUAAAGAAAAUCUAUUUAAAUUUAAUAACUAACAGAGUGGAAACUUUGAAACUGGUGCAAUUAAGUUAAAUGUUCAUAUUUAGUCUUUGAAUUUUUAAAAAUCAAAUUUCUCAGCUGUCAUUAAUGUCAGUGACAUAAUACAACCACCACCAAGCAUAUUUCAGCAUUAAGUUUCAUACUGAUAUAUAUCUAUCUAUCCCAAUUUGGUUAACAUAACACCUAAUAAUUAUAGCUAUGUCACUGUGCUUGCAUACCCUUAAUUUGUCUGAAAGAAAGAAAAGUAUUUGUUGUGCUGACAACUUAUUUUAUGUGAUGCAAAUUGUUUUUGUGAAGAGUCUCCAAAAUAUCUUUUUUCAUUAUUUAAAUUUUAACUAUGAGACCUUUAGUUGUGAUUGUUCCCAAUGAUUUUGUUGUUGUUUUGUUUAAGUGCUUCAUAUCAUUAUACUUAUCAAGUUUGGUUUCAACAUGCUAAUAUCUUUAUUUUUCAAGAAAGUGGGUUAGCAAUAGUUCUUUUCACAUGACGCAACUGGGAACUCUUUGCUCCUUUUUAUAGAAUACAUUAUUUUAUAAAGUUGAUUCCCUAAUCGAAAGGUUGGAAUCAGUCCUAAACGACAACAGAAGUAGUCAGAGGAUUAAAAAAAUUUUUGUUUUUUUCCAAUACAUGAUGUCAUUAUCAAAAGUGAUAGCUCUUCACAAAUAAGAAAUAAAAAAGAGAAGUUAAACUAAAAAUGUUUUCAACAAAUGUCAAUUUGAAAUCAAAUAUUUUCUUGCCACACAAACUUAAUGGCAUUCUAAAUUCUUGUAAUAUCAUGUGAAGGGAUAUAAAAAUUAUUAGCUGCAUAGCCUAAUUGCUAUCACCAGCUUCAAAGAAAAAAAAAUUAAUUAUUUUACUUGAGUUUAAUUAUCUCACUUAAUAAGUCAUUAAACUAACUUAAAAAAUUGAUGUGUAAAAAAAAUUAAUUUUGAUAGCCAAAUUUUUAUGGUCCCCAGAGUUGAUGAAAAGAGCAUGUUGAAUAAGAAAGUAUUUUAAAUUGACACAAAAACUGGAUAAUAUAUUUUUUUUUAAAUAUCAGGCCUAGUAACCAUUUUUUUAGGUCUAUAAUUCAGUGCAAACUUUGAACUUGUUUUCAAAGCUAUAUAUUUAUUUAAAUUUUGGGGAUUGACUCUUAUUCUAAAAAAAAUUGAUAUACAUCUGAAUUAAGUUGCUCAUUCAAGAGAUCAUGAUGAGGGCUAAUUUUGAUUCUAAUACUAAGCUUACAUGUCCUAAAAUACGCAUAUAUAUCCCAACAUACAGCUGUAACAGCAGAAACUUUUAUGUCAUUAUUUUUAGUCUACACUACACCAAAAAAAAAAAUCACUUUUAUCCAGUUUAUUGUUAAAUUUAUUAUAUCAAGUUAAUGAUAAUGAUUGAUUAGAUUAUUUGAUAUGCUCUGAUGAGAAUCUUCUGCUUUCAAUUACCUGACCUUGAGGUUGAAAUCAUCUUGAGACUAAAUUUAUUUUUUUUGUAAAUUUAUUUUUUUGUCAGUGUUCCUUAGUGUGAGAUCAACUGUGCAUGAAUGGGGAUGGAAGGGGUGAGUUGUUUUGGGGGAAAAUGGCUUGACAGAGUUAAGAUAGCUAAAUCUAUUUAAUGUGCAUAACACAUUUUAGCAUGAUGACCUAGGUGUAACUUUUGUAUUGAUCUACGAUAAAUCUAUCCUCCAGUUUAUUUAUACAAGCUUUUAUAAAAAAAAAUAAUUUUGUAGCAUCCUCAAUGCAUUAAUUAAAUAUUGCAAGCUAAAAAUGAAAAUCAAAGAUUCUCUGUAAACAAAUAUGACUACCCCAGAUAGAAAUCUUAAGGCAUUAAUUAAUAUAUUUAAAUAAAUAAAUGAAUUUAAAAAAAAAUAAAAAAUCACUAUUUAUACAACUGUCCAACAAGAGCUACAGUAAUUAAAUCACAGGUAGUCAGAUUAUUGAAUUUUAAUACUUAAAUUACUUAUAAUCAUUUAAAUGAAGUAAAAUGAUCCUUAAUCCCUUCUGUAAAAGUAGCUUUCUUAAGAAAGGAUCACCAGAUUAUUAAAUGUAGGCAUUUCAUUUCAGCAAAUUAUUUUCAUUUAAAAUUUAUCAGCGGUCCAGUUUAAUAUUAAUAGUAUUUUUAUUCAAGGCUAUUUAAAGAAUAAUUGAACUAUGAAUUAAAAAAAAAAUACAACAUGGCCAAUAACAAUAUGGCUGCCUCAUGUGAGUCACCUGGGCUUGCCUAUUAGAAUUCUAGGAUGUCUGAAAAAAAGUCUUUUAGUAUGUGUCCGUAAAAAACCCAGAUAUUGUAACUAAGUCUUUUUUAUAAUGCGUCUGUAAAAAAAAACAACAGAAAUUUUGACUAAGUCUUUUAUGAGUCAAUAAAAAAAAACAGAAAUUGCUAACAAGUCUUUUAUAAUAUGUCUAUAAAAAACAUGUUUGUCUGUACAAAUUUUGAAACUUUAAAAUGUAUUCUUAAAUUUUCAUUUAUUAAGUUGGAAAUUCUGCCCAUCAUUUCCACAGAGUAUGCAGAAACUUGGCAUGGAAACUAAAUGCCACAGACUUACUAGUCAUUUGGCUAACUUUCAACAUCUGGUAAAUUCAUGAGCAAUAAAACCUACUUUUGUGUGCCUAUUAUGCUCAUCGCAAAUUCAAUGUUCUGAAAUACUCAGUACUUACAAUUCAAGCAAUCAAAAAUACAUUUUAACAUUUGAAAUACAGAGCCAUAUUUUUACUGUUUUUAUCUAUAGCUACGGUUAUUUAUGUGUAAUUUGCCUUUACCUUUUAAUACAGCAGUUUGUAAUUUUAGCCUAUUACUUUACAAGAGCCUUUGUGUUUGGUAACUGUAUGUUCUAUAAAUUGUGGAUAACCGGUUUGUUAUAAGAUAUCACUAAUAAAUGCAAUACAUUAUUCUAUACUUAAUACUUAUACCAAGGCUGAAUACUCACAAAAAAACAUUUUCUACAUUUAAGCUCCUUUAUUGUCUUGUUCUAUUUUAAAUGAGAUGCCAAAAGAAUAAUGCUUCAUUUGCAAUAAAGUCAAAUAUUUUUGUAUUGCUUUGCACUAUUAACUAACUGCCUUUAAUAUUCAAGCUAUUUAUUAUAAAAAGAUCCUCUCCUCCUUUUUUUUUUUUUUUCAAUUUUAAUUUUUAGUUUAAAACAUUUUUUCAUUAUAAAUUUUUUUUUUUUUUUUUUUAUCGCGGCUUCAUUUAAAUAAAAAGCUUUUCACGUUAGUUAAUUUUUCUUUUUUUUUUUUUUUUGAUUUUUUUAUUUUUUUUUUUUUUUAUUUUUUUUUUUCUUCUUUUUUUUUUUUUUUUUUCAAUUUUAAUCUUUAGUUUAAAACAUUUCUUCAGUAUAAACUUAUCUUUUUUUUCUUUCAUCGCGGCAUCAAUGAAAUAAAAAGCUUGUCACGUUAGCUAAUAUUUCUUUUAUUUUAUUGUGUGACUCUUUUAAUAAUUUAAAUUUUGCUAGUUAUGGGGAUAAAAAAAAUGCUAAGCUGAAAUAACAAUAUUAGAUAGAUAUUUAAUGAUAAUUUUUUAUGCUAUUUUUUGUGUGUGAAUUUUUGAGGUCAAUAUGGCUUUUUUAGAAUCUGCAUAUUAAGACGGUAACACACUUGUAAAACAGUGCAUGGUAAACUGCUAAUUAACUUAUUUCAAGCUUGUGACAAAAUUGUUUAUAUUCAUGUAUAAAUCAGAGAUAUAACUUUCCCUGUAAAUUUUUUUUUAACCAGCACUUCUGAAUCUCUCAUUGAGUUAUUGUUUGGCUGGGUAUGUAUUCUAAAAUAUAAUUAUAACAAAACACGCCAACCCCCCCAAAAAAAAUUGUGAAACUGUGUGAAUGUAAAUUUGUGUAAGGAUUUACUUUGUUAAGUUUAUACCCUUAGCUUUUGGUCAUAGCUUUAAUGUGUAUUCUAGUGUUUCUUGUGAGCUCAUCAAUUAGAACUUGAUGGGAAAAUUAAAAAAAAAGAGUUUUAGACAUAAUGUUAAAUAAGUAUAAAUAAACAAUCUACAGAGACAAAAAUCUUGUAUGUCCAUCUUUUAUUUAUUAAAAAAAUAUAUGCUUUUAAUACAAGGAUGUAUCGUAAUAACUUUUGCUUAUAUUACCGCGAUGAAAGCCACUGAAUCUAGAUCAAUAGCUUAGGUUCUUGUAAGGCAUCACUGUGUGCAGUGAUGAAUAACAUUUCAAAUGUUAGAACCCUAACUACGAAUAAUUUGGUUUAUUUCUAAGAUUUAAAAUAAGUCAUAUUAAAGACUUUUAAAUUAAUAUUUUUUUUAAAGGAAAGUUCUUCUGUUCUAACAGUAACUUUUAGUAUUAAUUAAGCUAUAUCUUUUUUUGAGCCCAUAGAUGAAAACAGUUACUGCUGAUCAAUUUUAUUUCACUGCAAUGUGUUUGAAAGUAAAUAUAUAGACCUGUGUAAAUAUUUUUCUGACUUCCAAUGUUUUUUCUUCUUUUCAAUACGUAUUGGAAUUUUUUCUUUUCAGAUGGUAAUGGAGGUAUAGAAAUAAUUUG